AACCUGGAGACGUCCCGAUGUCGUCUUUCAUUUCUGCUCCGGGCAAGGCCGGCAGAGCAUAACUUUAAAUCCAUUGCCUUUAAUGACCACAGUCACAAAGAUAAUGAUGAAAGAGUUCUGGCAGUGCUUGAUGCCUACUUUAUACCUCAGAGAAUUGCGGGGUAUGAAAGGGUGUGUUUUUGCCAAAGAAGUCAAGAACGAGGGAAAUCUGUUGAAUCUUUUAUAGCAGCUUUGCAUGCCUUGGCAGAAAGCUCUGUUAUGAAGGCUAUAAAACAUGAAAAUAUCAGCGGUAGACUGGUUAUUGGUCUUAUAGAUAAAAGCAUCUCACAGCCGCUAUAAUUAAAGACCAAUUUGACCUUAUACACAGGCUAACUACAAAACCUUUCAGAGUAAAUGCACAACAUAUGGAAAAAGUCAUAGCCCAUGAGAUGUGUGUUCAGCCAAAGGUGCAAGGUAUAACAAAUACACAAAAUAUGGACAUUUUGCCGGCGUUUGCUGCACUGGGGCAGUCAAGAGGCAUUGUUUCUGGGAUCUGUCAAGUGUGAUGACAGAGCCUGCCUAGAGAGUGAAACUGAAUAUUCAUGGAAAUACCAUUGAGUUUAAAAUUGACUUAGGAGCAGAUGUGAAAGUCAUACCAGAAGGGAUGUAUAAUCACCUUGAAGUCCUCCCAGAGCUGAAAUCGCUUGACACAAUCCUGACUAGCCCUGGAGGGUGCUUGCAGUUAAUUCACAUGUCAUCAGAAAACUCAACCAUUACUGUUCGCCUGGUUCGCUCCUUUGAGCACCGUAAUUUCAGACCUGUGGUGUAUCAUGGAGUUAAUUUGGACCAGACUGUAAAGCAAUUCAUUACAUUUGUAAAGAAUGAUGUGUCUUUAAGAACAGGACUUCCACCUCCCUUUAAAAAAUACAAAUAUGAUACGAUGAAGAUUAUUCACCAAGCACAUGGAUCUAAGACCAAUGAACUUGUAGUGAGUUUGGAGGAUGAUGACAAACUCAUUUUAAAAGAAGACAGCACUUUGAAAGCAGCUGGAGUAGCAGAUGAAACUGAAUUAGCGUUCUUCUGUGAAGAAGAUUACAGAAACUACAAAGCUAAUCCUGUUUCGGCCUGGUGACGAUCCAAAGAGACCAGGAUUUUUUUGUUUUCCCAUACCCGUUUAAAACUCUCUUUUUCUGUUUAAUGAGAUUUUUUUUUUAAUCAAUAAAUCCUAGAGGAUUGCCUCACAAAUGCUGAAAUUUCUUUAUUAUAGAAACUCAUUUCUCUCAGGAUGCUGACAUUCAGGGGGAAAAAAAUCAAUGACACAAAUUUGCUUUCCUUUCAUACAUUCCCCCCGCUCCCCUUUACAUCUU